ACAGGUUUAUAUAUAUUUAAGUAUUAAUUUGUUAAAAUUAAAUUUUUUUUUUUUUUUUUUUUUUUUGCAUUUAGCUUUUUUACAAACAAUAGGCAAACAUAAAAAUGGAACAUUUAUUGGUGUGAUUUAUACAAUACGUCGUAUUGAUUUAUCUGAUGGAACAUAUCGUUAUUGUAUGUGGUUAUCACGUGAUAAUACUGAUCCACAUUUAAUUGAAAUGCAAAAAAUGCUUGAUCAUAAUCAAUCAAUAAUACCAAUAGAUGAUUUAUCAACAUCAUAUUUAAAUAUAUCAUCAUCAUUAAAUGAUAAUCAAACAUUUGAUACAAAAUAUAUUAUUACACGACAACGUGGUCGUGGUGGUUAUGGACAAGUUUAUCUUGGUUAUGAAAAAUCUAAUGAAUUAAAUAGAGUUGUUAUUAAAUUUAUUAAAAAAACUAAAGUUAAAAUUCAUCGAUAUGUUGAAAGUUUUGAACCAAAAAAACGAAUUCUAUUUGAAAUUGCUGUACUUAAACAAUUAAAACAUCCAAAUAUUGUCGAGGUAAGACAUUAUCUUAUUAGAUUAAAAAUAAAACACGAAUAGAAAAUUUUUUCUUUUCGAAAGAAAUAAGUAAGCUUCAUCAGCUUUUAUUAUUUCUUUCAGUCUCGACAAAACUGAUCGAAAACUUGAUCAUUGGUAUCGAUAACGUUCUGAAUUAAAUCUUUCUCCCAAAUAGAAGAUCGUUCUUGGAGAAACUAUACGCCAGAUGUUAUAGAAGUCUUUACUUCAUUGAUUAAUUUCUCUCAAAAUUGAAAUUUUAAUUAGUAUAUUUAUAUCAAAAUAUACCUAGUUCCAAUUGAUAAAUCGCUUUUAGAUCAGUACUAUGUUGCAUCAUGUAUUUGAAUAGUCUGAAAAGAGUUCGGAUCCUUAGGUUAUUGUUAUAUAGAUAUUGCAAAUUUAUGCUAGUUUUUAAAUUAAUGUCAUAAUCCCUUUUAGAAACACCCAGGAAAACUGAUUUUCGAAUUUCGACUUGAAAUUUUAUACCGAGGUAGACCUUACUAAGAAUAGUUUAUUGUAAAAGUGUCAAGCCUUUUGAUUUGCUUCUGCCCUAAAAUAAGAACAUCGAAUCUAUUGCUAUAUAUGAGCAAUGAUAAGAUUUAAAAAAUUCAUAAGAAACUAUUCUUCUUAAGGACUGUCUUUUUGUGCAAAGUUUCAAGUCGAAAUUUGAAAAUCAGUUUUUCCCGAUGUUCCUGAGAAGAAUCAUGAUACUCACUUAAAAACUACCGUAAAAAUACAAUAUUUCAGCAACAAUAAGCUAAAGAUCUUAAAUGUUUUCAGGCUAUAUUCAUAGUUCAUUUGGUUCUACAUAAUACACGUAGCCUCGACUCAAAAGCGAUUUAUCAGUUGGGAGACUUCCCUCGUAAGACUAAUAUUAUAUUUGAGCUUAUAAAAUUUCUUCCAAAAUCCUCAAAAUUAUUUCGAUCUUUUGAAAAAACCGUUUAAUUGAAAGUUAUGAAAAUAAAGGAGAAAAUAGAAGAUUCAAGAUCUCCUGUAAAGAAAAGUUCUAUGUAUUGUACGACAUGGAUUUUUAAUCAGUUGAUUAGUAUGA